CAACAACAACAGCAACAAUAGCAACAACAAUGCCAAUACCAACAGCAGCAACAACAACAAUGAUAGGCGCUGUUGCUGUGACGCCCACUUGUGUCGCACACAUAGAGGACGAGGGCGGAGGGGAAGGAUGCGACGGCGCUGCAGCUGACGACGAUGACGGCGACUGCGCUGCAGCUGGCGCAGGCCUAGUCACCAGUGAUAAGCUUAAUGGCAUCAGCAUUGGCGCUGCCUACAGUCUGAUUCAGCUGCCAGCGUUGAAUUGCGAUUUGGCAGCCGCAGCUGUGGCGGCUGCUGCUGCUGCUGCCUCCGCACUCUCGCCCACCGAUGCGGCAAUUGGUGGCCUCAGCUCCAGUCGCACCUCCAUGAAUAACUCCACGGAGAAUCUGAGCUAUGCCAGUGACAAUUAUUAUGCCGACGAUCUCAUACUGCUCGAUGACGACGACGAUGACGAGGAUGACGAUGUGGAGGCCGAGGAGAUAUCGCUCAAUUCGGAUGACUGUGUCUAUGCGUAUCGCGGUGAUGCCGCUGAUUUCGACAUGGCAGCGCUCGACGCUAGCACUGGACGUGGUGGACGCAAUUUGGACUUUGGUCUAGUGCGGGAUGAUGAAACGGACUUCCUUGAAAUGGACUUUGAGCCAGAUCCCUCGUCGGAGCUGGAAUUUGUGGCCAGUGCACAGGAGGCGGCGGCGGCCGCUGCAGGCCAUGCGAAUCUGCUGCUCAUGCAACGCGAUUACAGUCAGCUACAGAGCGGCCGGCACAUGGCCACGCCCACUCAGCCAAGGCAGCUCUACAGCUCGCCCAUCGAGGAGUUGGCACUGCCAGCACCACAGGAAGCACUGCAGCGUUUGAGCAAGAAAUUCGCACGCAUUAGCCUGAACUUGGAUCAGAUUAAGACCGAUGCUGAUGUUGGCUCUGAUGUGGAUGCCGAUGAGCUGCUCUGCGGCGCCAAGGACGAUGAGCAGGACUUUGUGGAUGCCACCACAGCGGAUGCCAAUGCACUGGCCCACUCGCUGCCCAGCACACUCGCCUACAGCAGCUUCAAUCGCAGCACCAGCGUGCCCAGCGAACCGACUCAUGCGGCCGAAGAGACCUGCAACUCGAAGCUGACGGGCGCCAAGCCCAAGCGUCUAAACACACUCUCCAACUCCUCAUCCCUUGUGUCCGCCUCGAAGAGUAGCACUUCCGCGUCCAAGUCGCGUCGCUCGCAGCCCAGCUACGAUGAGCGUUGCUUCAGCUGCACCGAUUUUCGUGCCGUGUCGCAGCAACAGCACCAUCAGCAUCAGCUCCAGCUGCAGCUGCAGCAACAGCAACAGCAGCAGGAGGAUGUGGCACCCAUGCUGGUGGCAGCGGCAGCUGUGGUCGCUGCCAGCGCUGCGAUGGCCAGCAGCAAUUCGACGAAAUUUGAUUUGGGCAGCGGCGAGGAGACGUGCCUCGACUGUCUCGAGAAGGAGUUUCUGGCCAAUACGAUUGGCAAAGCGAUCGACCUGAGCAGCUGUGCCAAGUGUCGGCGACGCGUCGGCGGGCGUGGCAGCAGCCUCUCGCUCUACACACGCGCCGAACAGACGCGCUGCCGCAGCGGCUCGCCGGGCUAUUUUGAUGAGUUUGGCGGCCUCUUCAGCUGGCACAAUACGGCCGGCGACAUGGGUCUAUACAACCAAAGGUUUAUUUCGUGUGAUAAUAAUUUUGGCGGCAGGCAGCAGCUGCUCAAGCAAAGCUUUUCGACUGAACCGCUGGUGGCGCGCCUGUCCACGGCGCAUCUGAGUGAGGAGCAUCUGGUGCAGGCGCUGGACAAACUUCACAUUUCCUACAACGCAUCUCUGUUGCAUGCCUAUUUCGAGCGGCUGGCAGCGCCCUCGCCGCCGGCUCGCGGCAAUCUGAAGCAGCUGCUGUUGCAUGUCUCCAAACAGCAAUGCAAUCAUCGCAAGCUCAAGAAGCUGAUCGAGCUCAUUGUGCAGCAGCAGCCGCAGCCGCAGCAACAGCAGCUCAGCGUGCAAUUCAAGCGGACUAACGCUGGCCAUGCUGCCCUGGUGGCCGUCAAGGUGACGGACAUAUUGGCCGCCUGGCAACGUCAUCGAGAUCUCUUUGUGCUGCGGCAAUUGGAUGCACGCUUUCAUCGCGCCAAUGUGCUGGGCAAAAUUGGGCACAUUGUGCGGCAAGCGCAGCAGCAACAACAGCCGGCAGCAACCACAUCCGCAUCGGCAUCGGCAGCGGCUUCAACUUCAAUCUCAUCCAUGCGGCAAGCGCUGCCCGAGUUUCUAAUGAUACCACAAUAUUAUGCUUGUGGUGAAUUAACAUUGACGCGCAAAUGUUGAAACCCGCCCAAUGCACACACACACACACACACCUACAAACAGCCACAUUACAUGUUUAUGCGUGGCUGCAUUUUAUUCAUUUUCGUUUCCAAAAUCGAGAUUCUGCAAAUGCAAUGCUCCAAGUUUAUUAUCUACGAUCUGUAGCCGGAUUAAAAUAUUGUUCAUAAUAUUUAAGCAGAUGACAUGCAAGCUAAUCACAUACAUACAAAUCAAAUUUUAAAUGUAUUCACUCAUGUUCAGUAUUUGUUUAAGCUUUAUUCACUAUGUUUAAGCCCAAAGCAUUAACUCAUUUAGUUGUUAAAAUUAUAUUAUGAUUUCCUAUA